AUGCCAACUGUAAGUAUGGCGAAUUUCGAUGGUGAAGACCUAUUGAGUGCUAGGCUCCUAUCAUUUAUGGCUAAUGGUGAUCAAUCGAAUUCGGAAGUGCAGUAUCAUAUGAGUGGAAAUUCUGACUUUAAUCCAUCAAAUUAUUGUUCACUUAUGUCAGAAUCUGGAAAUACAAGUUUCAACAUUAAUUCACCAGGUCACCGGAACGUUCAAACCUCACUAAUAUACGACAGAACAUCUAGUGGGAUAUCUUUAAGUCCUUCGAAUGAAAAUGGAGUAUAUGGUGGGGUACCCGUUAGUCCCAUAUCAGGGCCAAGUACCCCUCCUCCGACUGUUAUAUCUCAACCUGAUUUGGCAGAUAAUUUCCCGAAUAUGCGUUACAACCAUAUUGGAGUACCUCCUUACUCAGCACUUACGUCUCCAUGUUUAGGUAACAAGUUGGGAUCUAUCCCACAACACUCUUUGUUAAAUUUGAACAACGGAGCCGGUGAUCGUCACAGUUUGCAAAACUCUCCAUUUUACAAUCACUAUCCUGGAAAUUUGCAGACACAUUUACAGCGACAAUAUCCUGGGUUGUCUCCAGGACCUGCUGGGACAUUGUUUUCUAAUGGAGUGAAUGGAUUUGGUACUACUUCACAAAAUCUAAUCUCAAAAAAUGGAUUAUAUCAGGAUGCUGCAUUUUCACUUCCCGGUUUUCGUCCUACAAACUCGAGUUCCACAUACUGUCCUCAACGAGAACUGUUUCCAACCAUUCAGUCAUCCCAUCCAAGUAACAGCUGUCAUAACUUUAUGGGUCCUGGUCUUUUGAUGCAAGAUCGUUUACACUACUAUGCUAUCGCACAAAAGCACGGGUUUAUUGUUGGUGCUGAACUGGAGCGGAUUAAGGAGAACUCACGCCGUUCUACAAGUCAGUCUUACGGCAGAAUUUCAGCAUAUUUUCGUAAUCGUUACGGUGAAACAGAAGCUAAAACCAAAGCAGCGUACCUCCAACUAGGAGUGCGUGUGCCAAGCAAGGAUCAUGUUUCAGAAAUUGUUGGAAAAGGUGGUCAAAAGAUCAAAUUGAUACGUGAAGAAACUGGCGCGUUAAUUACAACACCUGGUGAACAAGAAGAACAUGUGUUUAUUAUUGAAGCUCCCCCAGAAAUAGCGAUGCGUGUUGCUCAUCAUCUAGCCACCAGAGCACAAGAAAUAACUCAAAGCAAGAUUGUUGCGGGCGAAAGAAGACGUGGUUCUACUAGUUCCCAGCCAUGUGGUACAGAUAGCGGAGUAAAUAUGACUAAUGUGUCUACUGGUAACUCAGGACCAAACUUAACUCCUGGUGGUUCAAACAACUUCGUUAUUUCUAAUACAUGUCCUGCUUCUGGGCUUUUAUCACUAAGCAACAGUGUGAAUAACUCACCACUCCAUCCAUCUACAACCGUAAAUGCACAUUUCAAUGGUGUUAUUCAUUCUUCCAACAGCUCUGUUCGUAGUUCAAAUGCAACCAUAUUUACUCCCUCAUUCUCAAGUUUACCAGCUAGUCCAGGAAACUCGAAUUCAUUGGGCAGUCAGUUACAGACGAAUACAAUAACGAGUACUGGUAUGUUUUCAAGCACAAGUACACCUGGUAGUCGUGUGCUUUUGGCACGUGGUCGAAUAUCUGUUCCUCAGGAAAUGGUGGGUAAGAUAAUCGGCACUCAGGGGUCAAUCAUUACUACUAUACAAAAGGAUACUGGUACGGAGAUAAAAAGCCCUCCUAAAGAAGCUGUACGUGGUCCAAAUGCGACAUCUGAAUUUGAGAUUUCGGCAUAUCAAGGUUUAGGCUUAAGUUCAAACCAGGCUGCUGAAUGUAGAGUGCAACAAGCCAAGCAGUUGAUCGGUCACUUAGUGAUGAGACAGUUGGAACGACGUGCCAGCGAGGAGGUGGAGGAGGCUUCUGGAUCAUCUAAUAUAAGCUCUGAAGAGCAAAGAGUUAAUGGUCCCAGUGCAUCGACAAUAUCUAGUGUUUGUAACAGUACUUCAAAAACAAACGGUGGCGGUAAUAAUGGUUGGAUGUGGCCUGAUGUUGCUCAAAUGGAUUCACAAGAAGCUCGUGAAGUUUUAGAUCGCAUACUAGUGGAGUCCAAAAAUAAAACUCGUCGAGCAAAGGAGCUCACUGUUGUUUCUACAGGGCCUGCAUCAACAUCUGUAUGUUCGAUAGCCACUAUGAAUACGCAGGGUUCGUUACUUAACCUAAAAGGUUGUAAUGGUUCUCAAAGUUUAUCUGGCGAUAAUCAACAUUCUAAUCAUUUCCAGUCUCACUUACUGAAUGGAACUUAUUUUGACAGUGCUCAAACAAAUGGCUGUGAGGAUGUGAUAUCUGGUGAUACUUCCGCUUGUAAUGGUAAUUCAAGCAAUCAGUGUGCACUAAAUAAUGACUCAAGAAUGCUACCCACUCCAUUUAGUCUAAACAAUGGCCACUUUAAUCAUCGUUCUUCAACUACAACUGACGGUGCAUCUAAUGGAUUCCAAAUGUGUAUUCCGCGUACUGUUCAGAGUUUCGACUUACCUUUAUCAAAUGAUUUCCUCACUAAUAUGAAUCGUGGCCCUGGUUCUAAUUUGGUUUCGGACAUAUGGAACUCAGUAGCUCCACCAUUCACUUCAGUUCCAACGGAUUCCAGCUCACAGCUUCAUGGUUACGUUGGCUCUAGUUCCACACUGAAUAAUCUAAUGAAUCCAUCAUCACCUAGUCGUAAUGGCAACUCUAUCAAUUGUUCAAAUCGCAUUAUAAACAGUCGUACAUUAGAUAAUUCUUUCGACACUGCAAUUUUCAACUUCAGUGAUACAAGACGGGAAACAGAUAGUGACAUCAGCCCAACUAUCUUGCUUCAUGACCGUUUACAACAUGAACAGGAUUUACACCAACCCCUAACUCGUCGGCAUAGCGAUUGGAUCGUCCCUUCUCAUCUACUGACUGAACUUACAGCUGAUUCAGGGGAUACUGCUUCUUCACCAGGUCGUCAUAAUGUAAUUAUCGAUAGUGAACCAAAUUCACAGUCGUAUUCGGUAAACAACUUUAAUUUUAUCCAUGAUUUAGAUCAGCUAUGUUUGAGCUCAUCCUGUGAUAAAGAUUCUGUUGCUAAUGUUACUACCGCGAUAUGCACCACAAUGAAUAACUGCAUGACUAUUUGUCCUCCUGGUUUUGAAACACAUGACCUCAACGAAAACGAAUCUGUCUUCAGUCUUAAAACCAAGGAGUCGCUUGUAAAUUCUACUAAACUCUGGUCAUCUUCAAAUCCUACUAAAACUCAUUGUACUGGUAAUGCUAGUAGUAAUACUAUAAAUGGUGUUAAAAGUAAUAAUAUUUCUCAUAAUCUACAACCACCAUGUACUGAUUCACUAGUUGGAUCAAGAAUAUUUUCUAAUACUUCUGUACUGCAGCGUUUGUUCAAUAAUCCAACAGGUCAAGUCUGCAAUGCAAUUUCUACGAAUAACAAUGAUCUUAAUAUGUCUGGUCGCGUGAACAGUUCCUUUUGGCCUCAGGCUAAUAAUGAUCACAUUCCCAUUUGUUGUUCAUCAAAUAACAUUGAUGAUUCUUUUGGAUUUUCUUGUUUGGAAAGUGAGAAUCAAUUUCAACAUCAUCAAAGUGAUGCUGCUACGCGAAGUUCAUCAUUUUUUCCUGAAAAUUUAAAUGAAUACACCGGUUCGAUUGGGAUUAAUAAUAAUAUUAAUAAUGGUAAUAAUAAUAAUAGUAACAAAGGGACGGAAAACACAACUAAUAAUAGUAGUCACCAGUCUGCACGUUGUGGUGCUAUUGGUGAAGGCCGUCGUCGAAGACGCCCUAGUCCAAAUCUGUUGUCAACUAAUAACGAUACUCUGGCUUUAUCAGUUUCAUCUUCAUUGGCGUCUAUUACAGAAGUGGCCUAGAUAAUCCCGCUUCAUCGUAAUCUGUAACAAUUUUAGCCUUUAAACUAUUCAAGUGAUCUUUUUAUUUCACUUAAAAUAUUAGUAAAUUAUGGUCCUAGGCAUGCAAUAGAUUAUUAUUAUUAUGUAUUAAUUAAUUUUAUCAAUUUGUAUGUUCACAGUGUCAAACUUCGUUAUCGCAUUUCGGGAAAUUAUUAGUACUAUUUGAUAAUGAUAUACCUGUGGUAUUGUUUUUUUGGAAUAAUUGCUUUCCUAUUUCACAAUUGGCUUCCACGAAUUGCUUUAGGUAAAUCCCAUCACCUGAUCCUCUCAUAACACUCAAUGUUGUCCAUUUUCAAAGUACUGUACCUACGUAUGUUCAACCAUCCUUUUCUCAAAAAUUCCAGUCGUUAUACGUAUACUUCAAUUUUUUUCUCUUCUAUUAAGUAGUUUUUUGAUCUACAACAACGAUUCUUAUCUUCUCUUUAUAAUUUUCAUUCGGUGACUAAUUGCUUCUUUCUGAAUUUCAGUAUGUUAACGAUCGCUUCUCAGGGUUCUUUAUUUGUGUCACACUAUCAUUAUCUAUUACUGAAUGUUGAUUCUACUGUUAUAUAUAUUCCCCCCGGUUAUAUUCUCCUUCACAGAGAAUUCAAUCUUGUCUCACAGGUUUUAUCGUUCACAAUAAAUAUACAAAAACUAAAUCAAAAUGUCACUUAGAAACAGAAAAUAAAUAGGAUAAUGAAUUUUGAUUUUUGCUUUUUUUUCUAAAAAUAAAAUUCUGCUAAAAUUUCAUCCAAUUUCCUUCCCGGUUCUAAAUGACCGUAAACAGAAGAAAUGUAAUUAGUGAAUGUUUACUACUAUGAAGAACGAUUUGUUUGUCUCUGUGCGAAAUCUUUUGUUGGAUAUCUUGAUCAGGAAGAUCUAUUCAGGAAAAUUUGUUUACUUGAAUUCAAGCAAAUAGUAAUUGAUUUUAUUUUUCUACUAAUUCAGCUAAUAUCAACAUCUUAUUUCUAUUUGAUUUAUCUUAAAAAUGGAGACAUCAGUACGAACUUUAUAUUUGUCAUAAUAUCUGGUUAAGAUUUUCACAAACGAACAGGAAUGUGUUGUAGCAUUUUUCAAAUCAUCGUAUUGUGCACUAUGAUCAUCUCAACCAGAUCGUUCAUAUCUUAUUUUCUAAAUACGCUGUGUGCUCAUUAUCGAUAAUGCUAUUACUACUAUUUACCUUAACUUAAUCCCUUCACAUAAUGUCAUCCAGCCCACUUCUGUCUACUUCUUUACAUACUUACCUACAUUAUUGUUAUUUGCAGCUCUUGUUGAAUUUCAUAAUAUAAUUUGAUAUCUAGCAUCAUAUUGUAUUGUCAUCAAUAUUUUCAUACACAUAAUAACUUGUCUUGUUUCCUACUACUUACUACUUAAUUGUUUUCCUCUAGUAUGUGGGUGAUCAAGUAUUGUUUAAUACAUUGUUAAUUCAACACAUCUUGAGAUUAUAAAGUGUUCAAAAAAAUCAAAACAUAAUUAGACAGUUUUCCAGUUGACACGACUAAGUAAAGAUCUAUGACGCUGUUAUAUUUGUUGAAUAUUGAGUUAAGUUUUUUCUCAUCCAUAAAAUUAUGAUAUAUAUAUAUACUUAUGCUUUAUAGUUCUACCAAUCAUAUUUCAUAUUUAUGUAUUGUUAUUCGAUUCCUCUUAAACAUCGUCUUUAUCCUUAUUGUUUCUACUAUUAUCACUAUUAUUUUCACUUAUAUUUGUAAUACUACUGUUAUUAUUGUCAUUAUUAUUAAUGUUACUAUUAACACAAUUUGUAGUUCCUUAUUUAAGCGAUCGUAAAAUCAAUAGUGUUCGCCUAAUUUGUGUCAGAUUUAUUUACGCAUACAUAUACUACCAGGUUUCUUUUUUUCUUUUUGUCUACAAUCUAGAUAAAAGUUUGUUGAUCUACAGUAAUUUCUUUCUACCGGUUCAGUUUUCCUUCUAUACGACGUUUAUGUAUGUGUGUGUGUGCACUACGCUGUCUCUGUUAUUCAUCAUAAUCAGGUGACAACUUCCUUCAUUUCUAGUUCUUUUUGUCUGCUGUUCACGGUUCCUUUUUUCUAUAUAUAUAUAUAUAGUCGAUUGCUAUUUUGUAACAGUAAAAUGAAAUUAAUGUUUAUAUUAGUGUUUGUUAAACGAAGCAAGGAGACGAAAAAAUAGAAUAUCUUCGAGAUGUAAUUUAUUCAAGAUGAUAGACAUACUUUUUUUCUGUAGAACAUUAACUAUCUGUUGUAAAGUUCAUAUUUCUGUUAUUCUUGCAUUCUCCUUUGAAAAUGCUCUCUAUUAUUAUCAUUAUUUUCCCCUUAUUUAUCUUUUCCUACCACUUUUAUCCUCAUUGGCUGUCAAUCCUAUUUUUGUAAAUUUGGUUUUGAUGUUUCUCGACUUCCCAAUAACAUAUUUCCUUCAUGUGUUUUUGUGCAUUAUAUCUAUUUUGUCCACUACAGUAAUUUAUAUAUAUAUAUAUAUAUCAUAUCUAUUUUCGGUUCAUCUACGCUCACAAUAAGUUGAGCUUCAUCAUAUAUUUCUACUACCUAAGACAUUUGGUCUCCAAUUAAAUUAUCAAUACCUUUAAUAUCCUGUCUUCUGUUUCCCUACAUGAAUUUGUCAAUUGUCUACACACAAACACAUUUAUUAUAUAUAUUCAUUAUUCUAAAAUUAGCCCAUCAUAUACACAGGUGAGACAAAACGGUAUAUUGUUUUGAUAUUCUUAAUGAACUACUCAUAUAUAUAUGUAAUCUAUUCUGGACUUUUUAUUUUUCACCAUUCGUAAUAUUACGAUGUAGCACCUAAAUUAUUCAUAUUAAGAAAUCUUACAUAGACUCAUAUUGUUCUAUUUAUACCCUUUAAACCAUUUAUAAUUUAUAGACCAUAUUAAACAAUGAAUUUAAAACAAACGAUACUAACAUAUAUUCUAUACACAUAUAAAUGAGUUUUAGUUCAAUUUAAAUUACAUUGUACUUUUCUAUUACAUACAUUUUCUACGUAUAUAUACAUAUAUAUAUUUUGUAUUACUUAUUGACGAUGUCUUCAUUUAUUCCAUGUCUACGUGUGUGUGUGUGUGUAUGUACACGUGCGUGCUACGUGAUUUGGAGUUUUUUCUAGGCUUUUUUUGAUGAAGGACAAUGUUUAUGUUUAUUACCGUUGAGACGUAUUCUGUUUUGCAUAUUCCUAAAUAUUGCACACACGUUCAUGCACGCACUCAUUUUAAGACAUCAACCAAUUUACAACAGAUGAUAAUCUAGAGAAAUUUCACCAAAAAGAGUAUCCAAAUCUGAUCUACAAAGUAUUUUAUCAAUUCAGUUAUGAUAGAAGAGUUUUUUUUGGAUUUGCUUUGCAUGAAGAUAUAUAUAUAUAAUGGAUUACUCAUCCUCAGUGCUAAAUGAUAUUUUUUAAUACAAAAGAUCCCGUUUAUGAUGGAAUUUGUCGUCUACCCGGUUGAAAAAGAGUGCUUAUUAUGAAACAUUACUAAUACUAUUUAAUUACUUUUAUGCACAGCUGUGGCAUUUUGUUUAUCUUUUUAUGUACAUGUGUGUGUGCAUUUGUGUAAGUGCAUGUAUGAAUGGUCACAAUUUAUUAUUAGUUCCUAUUAUGUUUGUUUUCUAGCCUUAAUUGCACUAUUCUAAAAAAAUAAUUAAAUUCUUGUUAUAUUU